ACAUACAAUAAUAAUGGCGUCAACACGACGCAUCUAUCUUUUACUUGUGCUCAUUUUGUAAAUUCACAAGCACCAGGAGCACCAGCAGCACCAGCACCAGGAGGCGAUGCACCAAAGGAUGGGGGAAAAGCUGCAGACCCUCCAAAAGAUGCACCAGCAGGUGGGGGCGACAAUCAAAAGACUCCAGCAGGUGGUGACAAUACAAAGAACCCACCAGCUGACGAUAACAAGAAUCCUCCAGCUGAUAAUGGUGAUAACGGCAAGGGCGAUAUAAAAAAUCCUCAACCUCAACCUCAACCUCAACCCGAACCUGACCCACCAAAAAAUAAUCCCCAACCUCAACCCGCUCCGCAACCACCAAAAGAUAACCCUCAACCACCAAAAGAUAAUCCUCAACCACCAAAAGAUAAUCCCCAACCACCAAAAAAUAAUGACCAACCCAAGAAUCCAGCUAAUCCACAACCCAAAGGUGGUGGUACCAUUACAAUUACAUCAAGCGACCCUGGUAAUGUUGUAACAAUUACAUCAACGUCAACUUCCCUUGGUCCUAUUACACAAGCACCCGCAAAAAAACCAAAUCAAAAUGUUGCUCCAGCGGAUGAUUCUAGUGGAGGAGGAAGUGUUGUUACUGCAGCCAUUGUUGUGGGUACAGUUGUUGUUGCCGCUGCUAUCGGAAUUUGGAUAUUUAGAAAAUGGAAACUUUCGGUAUAGCCCUCGAGGAAUUUCAAGGAGAAAAUACAACCGGUUAACUUUACUCCACGAACACAUGAAUCGGACACAAUGUUUUUGCGUGAGUUAAAUGAACCAUGAGGACGGAAGAUGAUUUUGGUAAUUUAGUUUAUAUAAAAAAAAUUAUAAUUAUAUUUAUUUGAUAUCUUUUUUUUAAUUAUUUGGAAAUAAUUAUAUAUUUCACCAAUAUAUACACCCCUAAUUAUUUUGUUUGAUCUUUUUUAAAAUAAUACAUAAACAUGUAGGAUAACUUAUAUGGUCAAAGAUUUUUUCUUUUUCUUUUUCUUCAGAAAAAAAAAGAAUAAGAUAUUGUAUUUUUGGUUUUUUUUUAUUUUGUUCCUUUGUACUUUAAUUUUUUUUUUUUUUU